UUUCCCAGUCGAGGUGAGGCAGCGGGCGCUGGGGUUCAGCCCGAUACCCCGCAGCCAGGCCGAGUACUCGUAACAGCUGGAGUCGCUGCGCCGCUCACGGCCCAGGUACUUGGAGGCUGUGGUCAGAGAUUGGGCACCAGAGAUCAGCCGGGGUGGCAACAGCAGUGCCAGAUGCUGCGGAUCUGUGAAGUCAAGAAUGGGAAGACAAGCAGUUCUCCGUUGGCGCUUUGCUGAAGUCUCCAGUUGAUUGCCUGAUGCUGCGUGUGUCAGGGCAGGAGGAAAUUAAAUGUAGGACUGAGGGCACGGUUGAAAAGCAGUGGGUGUGAGCAAGGAGGCAUUUUACUCCAUCUUAGCCUGACUCUCCUGGAUAACUCAGAAAAUGCAAAUCUGGAACAGCAUGACCAGCAAAGAAGAAGUGGGAAGAUUAACCUUCAUGAAGUAUUCUCAUGGCAAAAUGCUUGGGGCAAAUCAGCACAACACCUUGCAGUAAGGUCCUGUUUCCUUCAGUGGCAUUUGCUGGAUGGCCAUAAGCAAGAGACUGCAAAGCAUUUCCUCAUUGUGUACACCAUGAUAGUGUGAUCGUGGAGACGUGUAGCUAGGGAUGGAAAAUCGUGUUGCUGAGGAAGAGGAGCAGCAUCCACCAGUGGGCUCGGGGAAUGACGUCUCUGGUUCAAAUACGCCCACAGCACGGAGGAAGGGAAAAUUUCCAGGAUUUGGAAAAAUCUUCAAACCUUGGAAAUGGAGGAAAAAGAAAAGCAGUGAAAGGUUCAAGGAAACUUCUGCGGUUUUGGACAGGAAAUUGUCUGUGAGACAGAGCAGAGCUGAACUGGUUAAGAAGGGAGUGUUGAAAGAGAUUCCUGAACAAGAUGGAGAAAUUAACAGCAAACCUGCCCAGAACAGUACACUAAAGAAUGGUCACACCAUCCCCUUGGGUGAGUUGGCCACCUCAAAGGAGCCAGAAGCAGCGGCCGGAGCUGAAAAGAGACCAAGCAUUUCAAAAACUUCACAGAAUGGUGAGGAGGAAAUGGUGAGCUCUUCUGAAGAGCCCCUAAAGACAAAAGCAGAGGUUCUGGACCGACGACCAUACUCAGAAUUGGAGCCCAUGCGUGAGCAGAAACAGGCUUUGCUUCCUCCCAAAAGACCUGUGUCAGCUCCCAAUCUGGAAGCAGGCGAGGGGCAAGUGAAAAAUUCUGGAGUCAGUAUGACUAGCGCCAAGGAUGUCUCCCCUAUUAUCUCAUCCUUCUCGACUUCAUGUUCCAUAACUACCUCCAGUAUCACUGAAUCUUUGGCUGCUGCUACAAAUACUACCACCACCGUAUCAAGUGCAUCUGUUUCCUCGACUACCACGGCCCCUGCUAAGCAACCUCCCAUCCCACCUCCAAAACCCAACCGAAAUAGUAAUCCUUUAUUUGCGGAACUUAGUCAAGUCAUGACCCCUGGCUUAGCUUUGCCAGGUAAGCAUUCGCCACCAGUGCCACACAAGAGGAUAAGCUUCAACCCACCCGUGACCGAGCCAAACAACACUACCCAAAGCUCAAGUGAGAGCAAGGAGAGAGUACAGUUACCAACAAAAGUACCAACGUCAGUGCACGCACCUGUGUCAUCACCAUCAUUGCCUUCGCGGCCACCUUCCGCUCCAGAACCCGCUCCUCGACAGUCCCUUCCACCAAGACCAGUAGUCAAACUCAUUCCUCCCACAUUGACGUUCAGUCACGCCAACGUACAACAUGAGAAAGAACCAGAUCCUUCACCUGAUGGCCACUCUGACGCGGAGCUCCUUCCGAAUCGCCAGUCCCAAGUUCCUUUGCACAUAAUGAUCCAACAGGCACUGUGUAGCCCUCGACCUGUCAUCACAGCAGCUGAUGCCUCAAAUACAGCAAAAUCACAGCUUUUUGAGACAGCCUUUGAAGAUGCCAAUAAGAAUCGAGGGUUGCAAGUCACCCUGGAAAAGUUAAAAUGUCCCUCUGAUGAUGAGAAUACAGAAGAUGAAGAGGAGGAAGAGGAGGAGGAGGAGGAACAGACAGAAGAGAGGUUCGAGGAACAGAAUGAUACAGCAUUAGUUUCAACAGUCGUUAUCAUACCAGAGCUUGUGAGACAGGAUGAAGACACGAGUGAUUCCGAUGAUGAUGGCCCAAUACUGUACAGGGAUGACAAUGAUGAGGAUGAGGAAGAUGAUUAUCCCAAUUCAUUGGCCAAUAAGGUAAAGCGAAAAGAUACUUUGGCUCUUAAACUGAGCAACAGACCUACGAAGCAGGAACUUAUAGAGAAGAAUAUACUACCUCGCCAAUCUGAUCAGGAGAGGCUUGAGAUUCGACAGCAGAUUGGAACAGCUCUCAUCAGGCGUCUGAGUCAAAGGCCAACUGCAGAAGAACUGGAGCAAAGGAAUAUUCUUAAAAAAAAAGAUGAAGAACAGGAACGGGCAGAGAAACGGGAAAUCAAGAGACGGCUCACUAGAAAGCUCAGUGAAAGACCCACCGUGGCAGAACUCCAGGCAAGAAAAAUCCUGCGAUUCCAUGAAUACGUUGAAGUAACGGAUGCCCAUGACUAUGAUCGACGUGCUGAUAAACCGUGGACAAAACUGACACCAGCAGAUAAGGCAGCGAUACGCAAGGAGUUAAAUGAAUUCAAAAGUACAGAGAUGGAGGUGCACAAAGAUAGCAGGGUGUAUACAAGGUUUCAUCGACCAUAAGAAUAUGCACAGAUACAAAUGGAAAGCAAGCUUGAUGGUAUAUGUGCAUAGAUGGGGAUGAGGCCCAAGCACUGUAGCUGAUGCCCUGUUACACUGACACUUGUGUUCUAUGUACUCAGUACAAAUUCAGUGAAUCCGGUGCCAUGAGAAAAAAUUAAUACUUGAUAAACAUAUGUAAAUUCAGUUUUCAGCAAAUCAUAAUCCUCAGAAUGGAGCUUUCCCUUGAUCAUAUCUGUCUCUGCACCUGCAGAUUUAUACAAUACUGCAGUUGUAUUGAAGUCUCAGCACUUGUUUAACACUUGCUGGGAUGAUGUGCCAGGGAAUGACUGUGUUUCCUUUUUUAAAGCAGAGAUGGAAGAAUAGUAGGCCUUUGUAUAGACUGUUAUCUCUUCACCCCCAAUCCCCUGCUCAAGAAUAUCUUCUCCCUAUGAGUGUGCAUUUGCACGCACUUUCAAGUUUCAAGGAAAACAGAGUGUCAACUGCUGACGAACCACCGAGGACCCCGAUUAACUGUCUGGCCCUCUUCUUCUGCCUUGCCCUCACAACUUCCAUCAGUUCUAUUGCCCUUUAGUUGCUGGUGUCUCCAGGAGCAAAACUGUCUCCUGGAAUAGAAAAAAAACUUUAUAUAAGGGUUUUCUAACCACCCACUCUGUGUAAGAGCUCCCCCCCCCACCUUUUUUAAAAAAAAAAUCAAGUGCUGAUUUUCACUGAAGCGGGUCUGUUUCGAAAGGAAUAUAUCACUGUGUUGGGUGCCUUUCUUCUGAAGGCAUCAUGGGAGAGGCAAAGAGGCCUGGUUGGUGCAGGGAAACCAUAACCCUUUGUACAUAGGAAGUGACUGGUUUGCGUUGAAUGUUGAAUUGUGCCUCCGUGGGAAAAGAAAAUUGCACCUCCCAUUUUUGUUUAGAGUGAAUAUGUAUUCAUUUGUCUUCAUAUUUAAAUAUUGAAUAAAGUAUAAUUGUGACUUUUUAUAAAAAAAAAUCAGAAUCCAUUCAAAACACUAUGCUGAUUUACUUCACAAUCAAACUGUCAAAUAGUUCAUUUUAGUUUUGUUUUAUCUUGACAUUUUAAAUUGCCUUGUAAUUUAUAACAAAUCAGUUUUCUCAGUCUUGAUCUCUAACAGGUGAUUGCAUAGACAAGAUGGCAGUGAAGAAUGUAAUUUGUUUUUCAAUUCCUUGUCUUCUUUACCCUCUGGCAACCAAUCAUCUUUUAUGUUUUAUAUGAGUGUUUUUAUCCAAGUGAACAGUUCAGUUAAUUCUAGUCCUUUUUCGCGAUGGAAUGCGGUGAAUGGGUUGUGAAUGGGUUGAAAUGAAUCUAUGUGAACUUGCUAAGACUUUUUUUACUUGCAGAGCUUGUGGCACUUGCUCUAUUUUUAAUUUUCAACAUUCUCAGUCCUUGAAAUCUGGAUGUAUAUCAGUAAAAUUCCAAGAAUCUUGUCUAUGGAUAGACCAGUGGGAUAGUUAAAAUUAAAUAUAUCUUGAAUUAAAGCUUGGCAGUAAAAUCAAUAAAAUCCCAUCUAAGUAUUUGAUUUAUUUGAGCUGUAAUGGAAUUACGAAAGGCCAUAAUUUUAACAAAAAUUAGCAGCACUGAGGUAAAAGGCAGGGCAGCAGUGAACAGCCCCUCGGAUGCAUUAUGAUGCCACCACAUUGUCAGGUUCAACCAUGGUCAUUUUUCAUGCGUAAUGAUAUUGUUUCUCUGCUGUUUCUUGUCUACCUUUGUGCAUUUAAAGUUGGCAAGAAUACAAGAGGAUUCUUUAAUAAGAGAUUUUUUUCAUUUAUUAUUCAAGUCAUUGUGACAAGUAGCAUUUGUAAUACAUCAGUGCUGCACUUACUUAUUGGUUGAUGGGGUCAGUAAUAUAGUAAUGACCCUUCCUAAUAGAAAUCAGAGUUAUCCAAUGGGUUAUUGGUUAAUGCAAUGGAUGGUGACAUGUUGUACAGGUUGGAAAGGUCUCUUUCUGAUCUCCUUGUGUGCUAACUUAACAGCUUGCAUCUCACAGUCUAGACACCAUAAUUAUCCUUGGGGGCCCUUGGGCAAAGGAGGAAGGUCAACUCAGGAUUCCUCCUCCUUACUAUGUUAUUUCCCAGUGGGAAGCCCAGGAGCGGGGCAGGGAUAUGGUGAGUCAUUGAAGAGCCAAGUUGCACUUGAAGAAUAGCCACAUGGAGCAAGUACUAAAGGAAUACCAGUACCCUCCUGCUCCGGUCAAUGAUCGAGAGAGGGAAGAUGAGACAACAAGGGUGCUGCAACACACUGGAGCCUAAUGGGCAUGCUAAACUGCUAACAAUUAAACUUUAGUAUUUUUAUUAAGCCAGUGCAUACAAUGCGGCAGGGAUUAAGAUACCCUCCCCUCCUGGAAUGAUUGCACAUCUGUUGUAUGUAAUGUUUUUAGCAAAGUAUCUUAACACAUUUCUUUUUUUUGUAAAGUGUUGGAUAUUUUAAAAUGGUCUUCCUUGUAUCUUUUUUUCCCCUCUGAUACAGCUUAUGAGUUUAUUCAUUGAAACCACACCAUGGUGUUUUUGUAUUUUGAGGGGAUCCAGGGUAUAAAAUUGCUCAAGAGCUUUAUCAUAAUUGUUUGUCAGUUUUGAAAUUCAACUGUACUGGGAGGAAGAAUAAAAGACCAGAUUGAAAUCCAGCCUCCCUCAUUAGAAUCUUUCAUCAAAGACAUGCAAAUUUUUUUUUUGCGGUCUGUAUAGUUGUUGUAUGUACAUUUUCAUAUGAGUUGUAAAUAAUUGACAAUUAAUGUUGCUCUUAUAAAUUUUUUUUGGUGUAUUUUGUUCUCAUUCAGUGCUGCUUUCUUUUAUUAAAAAAUAGAUUCCUA